AUGCCCGAGGAGCAUCUGAGUCUGAUUGCCUCGUUGGCUCAGGAGAGCGACAAGAACGAAGCCGACCUCGCAAAAAGUAUCCGCGCAACGCUCAUGCCGGAGGGCAGUGAGAUGACAAAUACCGAGGGAAAUAUGGUCGAUGUGUUGAGCCUAUCGACCAUCCAGUCGAGCUUGCUGCGGAUUGCACAGCGGGUGAACUAUGGUGUUGAUGUCGGGCCCGAAGACGAAAUGGUGCCUACUUUAUGGCGCUGGGAGGUCCAUGACCUAGGACUGCUCCCGAAGGAAAAUCUCGACAAGCUUGUGGCACGCCGCGAAGAGCGUGUGCAGGCCAGGGCACAGGUCAAAGAACUCCUGGAGGGUAUGCCACCGGAUAAGUACCAAUCUCUCUUUCAGUCAAGGAAAAAGACAAGUGCAAAGCCACCCAGUCAGGAUGGCCGAGACGCCCAGCUGGAGCGCGGAUCGUCGCCCGCGCCAGUCAGUGUGCCCGCUCAGUCAGAAGAAGCGCCCAAGCCCGCGACUCCAGCACCCAAGGAAAAGUCGGAGCGCACAAAGCUCCGAGAAACACGCCGAGCUGAACGCCAGGCCAAGGAAGAGAAGGAAGAAAAGGACAAGCAGGCUCAAGUACGUCUGUUUAACUCCUUCUUUCAGCAGCCGGCCGCAAAGUUGUCGGCGAAAAAGGACGAGGACGAGGACCAUAAGACAGACUUUGAGAAGACAUUUUUGCCCUGUGAAUUUAAGAACGUGGCGGAACCCAACAAGUUUUACCGCCCGGUUGAUGAUUCUCUCCUAAAAGAGCUAGACAUACGCUCGCACGCACCGUCAGGUACGUCCAAAAUAUUCACACAGAUCUUCUCUCGGAAUUUAAGCAAAAGUAUGGGCACGUCACGCCUGCGUGGCAUUUACCCACCCGUCCAUGUACGGGAGAUUAUGAAAGCAGUGACGGAAUCAGAUGUGUUGGGGGGGAAUGCAGAAGAGCAAGCGAAGCGCGGCCUGGAGAAGCUAAACAAUCGACAGCUCUUGCCGAUCAAACUGCUCCAGUUCCAGUCUGAUCGGCGCCCUGGAUGGAUAGGCACAUUCACGCGUUCGUCCAAGUUUAUCACACCACGCAAACCAUUGGGUCAGGACCCGCUCGUGUUGGAUUAUUCCUAUGACAGUGAUGCAGAAUGGGAAGAUGUCGAGGAAGGCGAAAAUGUCGACCCAUUGGACGAACGCGAAGACGAAGAGAGCGUGGCCGGCUCGGAAGAAGACUCGGAAAUGGACGAUUGGCUUGAAGAUGACCUGGAAGAAGAGGAAGAGGCUAUGCCUCUCGGCGAAAGUGUCGCCGAAUUAGAAACGCCUGCUAGUGUUUCGUCGUCGCGCAGUGCUCUUAUUAGCUCCGCGCCAGCCGGUGUCAAUACUUUAAAGCCGAAAAAGAAACUUAAGCUGCUUGGUCGUCGCUUUGACUCUAAAUUGGUUCCUUACAGCACGGGGCCCCAUUGGGAACUCAAAAUGAGAGAACCUACCCACGAAAGCUUUGCACCAUACCAGAUUCAGUUCUUGAACGAAGCGUACGUGGGUCUAGAUCCCUUUUCUUUUCUUGCACGGACAAUUACGAUUGAUGCUGAAGAUGUGCCAUUGGAGAAAGAAAAGCCCUCUACCCCCUCUUCUAUUGUGGCGCAAGCGUCUCCGUCGGGGUCAUCCACGGCACAGCCUGCUCGUACGACGAAAUUCCUCUUUCCCGAUACCCAUCUACCUGAACUACUUCAUUUGAUUGAAGGAUCUACACGGUCAAAACCCGCCCUUGUUGAAGACUUAAGAGAGCACUUUGCGCCGACUAUUAAAGGUGUUAGCAAGACAGCCAUUGAAGCUAAGUUAAACGAAUGUGCCACACGUGAAAGCAAGAAACCAGGUGCAAAAUGGAUCAUCAAGGAUGAGUGGAAGGUAUUUCUAGAAUAG